UCUCAUUCUUCACUCUGCACAAAUCUAAAGCAUCUUGAAGAAAAUGGCUUCUUUUUCUCAGGCUUAAUUCCAACGAAGAGCUUCCAGUUUUUUAUUUUUUUGAACUCACAUACGAGCGUGUUUACAUGUUUUAUAUUGUUUAUCCGACUCCUUAUUAUCGAAAUGGCAGCUGUGGUUCUUGGCCUAAAUCUCGUUCUCGUAUUCAUUCUGACACUAUUCCUGCUGCACCAAUAUGGAAACUGGCGUACACAACAUCCUAUUGUUACAACAGCUGUUUUUGUGUCAUGGUAUUUCUCCUUUCUGAUUAUUUUCAUUCUGCCUAUGGAUGUCUCCUCGACGCUGUAUCAGUCGUGUGUGACGGAGCAAACAGAGAAGGAACCUGUAGAUUACAAUGAAACAGGUGUCGUCAAUAGUUCUUCACUUGGAUGGGAAAACGUUAGCAGUCAUUUGGCGCAUGACGAUCUGGAACGGAACGAAACGUGGCGACUACACGCUAUCCGUCGUGCUCUGACCAACUGCGAAGCGCCGUGGUCAUACGUGCCCCGCGAGGUUCUUCCUGUUCUGUGGAGAAUGCUGUAUUGGACAUCGCAGUUUCUGACUUGGUUGCUGCUACCAAUUAUGCAGUCAUAUGCCAUGGCGGGAGAGUUUUCUGUGUUGGGAAAAUUGCUGACAUCCUUGAAGCGAAACGCUAUUUAUUAUGGGACUUAUCUGCUUAUCUUCGGAUUGCUUCUGAUUUAUGUGGCUGCCAAGCCUGAGCUUAAGCUGGACUGGUCGAAAUUAGUUACGCUAGUCAUCACUGCUAGCAACACUUGGGGAUUAUUUCUGCUGAUUCUUCUGCUUGGAUAUGGCUUGGUGGAAAUACCUAGAGCUUGCUGGAGAGCAUCUAAUUUAAGUUAUCAGCUCGCUUACACCCAAUUUAAACUAGCCAAAUCAUGGUCAGAGAAAGCCGAAGCAGAGGAAGAAGUUGAUGAUGUUCUUCAAGAGAUUAGGAAAGCCUCGGAUCGACUGGAUACGAAACAUUCCUUGCGAAAAUUUCUUGAUUUAAUUAUUAGUAAAUGUCCAGAAGAUUUCCGGCAGAAGCUAGCCAACCCGACGCGUGCUUCAAAUGGCGCUCGCAGUUCUGAUUCUUCUACCAUGCCAACGGAAAGAGCAUUGGUUCAGAUCCACAAAAAACUGAUUUCUGCAAUUCAUCGCCAGUUCCGCACAUCCACCACUUGGUUUGUUCUUUUGGAUGAAGGAUUUGAGCUGGAAGACUGCAUUCGCAAUAAGUCUAACGCUGAUAAAACUUUCCGACCGACCUUCCCUGUUCCGCGAGGGAAACUAUAUGCAGCAGUGUGCACGCCUAAGAUUGAAUGGAUUUGGAAAUGUUUGUUAAGACAAUGGAUUCUGAUGGCGCUCUCCAUUGUUUUUAUUGUUUUCUCCGCCAUGGUAGUUUGGUCGGAGUGCACAUUUUUUGUGAAAGAUCCUGUGCUAUCGGUUUUUGCGGAGUUUGUGCAACUGGCAAGCAGACACAAUGAAUACUUCAACGUGGAGGUGGCUUCCUUUUUUAGCGUCACGUUCUUGGCGUUCUGUACAUACUACACUGUCUUCAAAAUUCGUUUCUUUAACUAUUAUCACCUUGCACCGCGGCAUCAAACGGAUGAAAACUCCUUAAUAUUUUGUGGAACCAUGUUGUGCCGAUUAACAUCUCCCAUGUGCCUGAAUUUUCUUGGUUUGAUUCACAUGGAUAGUCACGUCAUCAAGAUUAAAACUGCUGAAACUGCAUUCACUCGAAUUAUGGGACAUAUGGAUGUGUUGCCAAUUAUCUCAGACGGAUUCAAUGUUUAUUUUCCGAUGUUAAUUUUGGUCCUGUGUUUGGCAACGUAUUUCCGACUAGGAACACGUAUUUUAAAUUUUUUGGGAUUCCAGCAGUUUAUGGGCGACGACAACAUGGCGGUGGAUUUAAUAAACGAAGGAAGGGAUUUAAUGCAGAGAGAGCGCCGGAGACGCUUAAGAGCGGAAGAAACUAAAAGCCGUCGCGAUCAACUGAUGGAACUGGUUAAUAAUACGUCCAACUUUGGCCGCAUCGCUUCGUCAAACGGCACUCAGCGCCCAGCGAGCCGGUGGUCGCAGCGGAAUCCAUCCCGCGAUACCACCCCCGGUUUCCGAUAUAAAAAUUUCCAAAACGAAGAGCCGACGGUCAUAAGUGAUUUCCCGAGCUCUUCUCGCAAUGCAACGGAGGAAACCGAUUCAGCGGUCGGCAGCUCCAUUGCGGAAUCUCGUGAUCGGAACUAUCAGUCAACUGCGCCGGCGGAAGCGCCUGCGUCGUCAUUUAUGCGGUAUCCUCCGCGGAAUAUAUUCGAUGAUGUGUGAAAGCAGAGUGGUCGACUGCGGUUGUUGUGUCGUGGUUUAUUUUGACUGUGAUCGUGUGCUUGGGUUAUUUGCUUACGCACAUCGUUAUCUCAUGGAGGUUGCUAUUUUGUGAAUUGUGAGUAUUGAGCCGGUUUGAGCGAGCGAGAGGAAUAAUUCCAUUUUUCGUGAUGUCUAAAUUUUUCAGUGUUAAUUUAUUAUUGUAUAGAUGUGACAUUUGUAAUGACUGCGGCGUGGUUUUUUUUGGUUAAGUGACUUGUUUCGCUUAAGGCAGCUGUAGAUUUUGACUGUGCUGGCGAGAAAAGUUUAUUGUCGCGACUCGCGCCUCAAUGGAAUUACUGGAAUACAACAUAAACUAGAAAUUACAACGCGG